AUGUCGAAAACAGAAAAAAUCGUAUGGAGCAUUCUCUCAGAGUACUUGGUGGAAGACGGGAGCUCUGCAAAGGCUUUGGACGCCGACAGGGCCACCGAGAUCUGCCAGACCAUCGACCCAAAGCUCCAGCGGACAAAAAAAUCUAUCCUUUUACCAGCAAUCACAAAGGCAAUCAAUCGCCUAAGAAUAGAAGAGAAACAAAAUACCCCAACUGCAGAUGCAGAUAGCGAUUUUGAGGGAGUUGAUGUUGAAAAACUGGUGACUGUUCCAGAGUCUGAAUCUAAUGUUAUGAACCAAGCUACGGUAGACUUGUGGAACGUGCCCAAAGCCGGUAUGGAGAAACGAGAAGCACCCAAGGCGUCCAAAGAAAGCAAGAAAAAGAAACGAAAGAUUGCUGCUAGUGCUGCGGAUCGCCGUCCGGCUACCCAGGUUACUUUGGCUGAUCUGGGUGGAAUUGACAACAUUAUUGCCCAGAUUCUUGAGCUACUAGCUAUGCCUCUGUCCCAUCCGGAGAUUUAUGUUCGGUUGGGCUCAGAAAUCCCUCGCGGUGUAUUGUUACAUGGCCCGCCUGGCUGUGGUAAGACAGUUCUGGCUAACGCCAUUGCAAAUGAACUUGGUGUUCCCUUUAUUAACGUGAGUGCCCCCAGUGUUGUAAGUGGUAUGUCUGGAGAAAGUGAGAAAAAGCUGCGUGAUAUCUUUGAGGAAGCCAAAGAGCUCGCUCCCUGUCUUGUGUUUAUUGAUGAAAUAGACGCAAUCACUCCUAAACGAGAGAGCGUACAACGUGAAAUGGAAAGACGUAUUGUUGCCCAGCUUCUGACGUGUAUGGACGAUGUUGCUUUGGAAAAAACAGGUGGUCGCCCCGUAAUGAUUAUAGGUGCCACAAACCGCCCAGAUGCAAUUGAUCCAGCUCUUCGCCGGGGUGGUCGUUUCGACCACGAGAUUUCCAUGUCUGUUCCUGAUCAAGAAUCCAGAAAACGUAUUUUGGAAACAAUUGGCCGGAAACUCCGAUUAGAAGGAAAUUUCGAUUUCGAGAAAAUCGCCAAAAUGACUCCUGGUUAUGUAGGCGCCGAUCUCAAUGCUUUAGUUGCCGCUGCUGGCGUUGCUGCAAUCAAACGCAUUUUUGGAGAUUUGGGUGACUCAAUGCCCGAAGCGAUGGAGGUGGACCAAACAGUGCCCGAGGGUGGGCAGCCGGACCAGUCUGAACAACCGGCACCGCCUGCACCGCCUGCGAAUCCUCGACCGCAGCCGAUUCGCUCUCAGUCUUUGAUCUCAAAGUUUUUGCAGCGUCAUCCCGAUCCUUUGACGGCUGAGGAGCUGGAGCCUUUGGCUAUCACCUAUGAGGAUUUCUUAGUGGCCAUCCCAACUAUCCAGCCAUCAUCGAAACGUGAAGGCUUUGCAACUGUGCCGGACGUUUCUUGGGAAGACGUCGGUGCCAUGGGCCCUAUUCGUGAAGAGCUCGAAUACGCAAUCGUAGAGCCGAUUAAGCAGCCAGAGGUCUACGCUGCUGCAGGUAUCGCAGCCCCCUCGGGUGUGUUACUAUGGGGUCCGCCAGGGUGUGGUAAGACGCUUCUUGCUAAAGCUGUUGCUAAUGAAUCACGAGCUAAUUUCAUAUCGGUCAGAGGUCCGGAACUUCUGAAUAAGUAUGUCGGUGAAUCAGAAAGAGCAGUGCGUCAAGUGUUCACCCGAGCUCGCGCGUCGGCUCCGUGCGUCAUAUUUUUCGACGAACUCGAUGCAUUGGUUCCGCGACGCGAUGAUACCAACUCGGAAUCUUCGUCUCGAGUGGUCAACACCCUUCUUACUGAACUUGAUGGUGUAGGAGACAGGAACGGUAUUUAUGUCGUUGCAGCUACGAAUCGACCCGACAUGAUUGAUGCCGCAAUGCUUCGUCCGGGACGACUGGAUAAGCAGCUCUUUGUUGAGCUGCCCGAGCCGGAAGAACGGUACGAAAUUCUCAAAACCGUCAGUCGCAAGGCGCCUCUUGACGACGCUGUCGACCUCAAGCUGCUGGCUCAUGACGAGAAAUGUCGCAACUUUAGCGGUGCUGAUUUGGCCGCUCUGGUUCGCGAAGCAUCCGUUCUCGCUUUAAAGUCGGCACUCAAGUCCUCCAGCAAUACUGCAGUGAAGGUGUCCAUGGAGGACUUCAAUGCUGCGUUCAAAAAGGUCCGACCUAGCGUUAAUGACAACGAGCGGCAAAAGUAUUACUUGAUGCAAGAGCGUAUGGCUAGCUAA